GCGGUUCCAAAGCGACGCUUGCUAUGGCUAGUAGCCUCGCAGAUGUUCAUGCCGAUGAGUCGGGGGAAGAUGCCCUGGCUUUGUCCUCUCGGAAGGUCAAUCCCAAGCCGCGAUGCUGGUGCCGGACUACCGUCUUAGCUUCUACGGCCGCCUUAAUCUGUGCGGCUGGAGCCCUUGGCGUUUGGUCGUGUGGCUGGCGGCGACCUGGUCGACUGUUCCUUUUGCAAUCCGGGUCGGGGUCGCUGAUCGGCUUAAGCCCGCUUGGGCCGGAUGCGCAGAAAGUCGUGUGCACGAUGGAUGUGGCGCAGAUGGUUAGCCGCGUGAUUCAGAUGUCCAAUGCCAUCUACGCGUCUACGCGGAACUGCGAUUAUGAUAAGAUUCGACGACUCAAGGGCAGAGGGCCCACGUCUUUGGAGAAAGAGAUCUGCACCAGCAGCAUUUUAAUUGCAAUGUUCAAUUCCCAGCUACUGACCGGCCUGUUCACGUCGUCGGUGUCAUCCUGCACUGGCAACCUCCACGUUCCGGCCAACUGCGGUACAAACAUCGCGGCUUUCGUGGCAGCCGUACUCAUCAUCCUACAAGGUGCCAUUGACAUCGACAUCAGCUGCGCCAAGGACUUCCAUGCUCCCUACGACUUUGAAGCCAAGCUGCUGGCAAAACGUGCUCGCCUUGAGAGGAAGAAGCAGCGGGCAGUGUGGAGCGCACAGAGAGCGAUCAAGAAUGCCGGGGUGACCGUGGCAGAGCUGCCCGCUCCUCCAGCGGUGCCGUCCAGCACCGUCUACGCUGCGGUUUCGCGCUGUGUCUCUUUCACCAACCUUGGGACGACGCAGGUGGUCAGGCUGGCGCUAGUGCUAGCGGAGACCAGUACCGAGUGCAGUCCUGAAGAGAGUGGCAGGCAGCCGCGAGUUUGUGCCAUCGACGUCAUGUCCAUCUUGCUCGGCCUGUCUAUCUCCAUGCGCGCCUUUUCUCUUGCUGCUAUCGCCUGCGUCCAGGUGGUCGGGGACUUCAACCCAACAGCCGCAUGUGUGCAAGCUUGUGCUGGUCUCUCUGCGGGUGCCUUUGCCUUCAGCGCGCGAGCAAUGAAUGUAGCCCCGGCGUGCAGCACAGCUUUCGAGCGCUGGGACCCGGAAGCCUGGGAGCUGGCGCGGCAGGGGAACGUGCAUCCGAGCAGCCUGGAGAUUCCA